AAGUGUACUCAAGCAUCAACAGCACUAGCAAGUUAGUAACAGUCAUGGGAGAGGUUGACCCAGCUUUCAUCCAAGAUCCAGAACACAGGCCAAAACACUCCAUCAUCCAAGCCGAAGGAAUACCCAUUAUUGAUCUCUCUCCAAUAACCAACCACACACUUUUAAAUCCAUCUUCCGUUGAAGGCUUAGUGAAGGAGAUAGGAAGUGCAUGCAAGGAGUGGGGCUUCUUCCAAGUAACCAACCAUGGGGUGCCCCUCUCUCUAAGGCAAAGGAUUGAGGAAGCUUCUAGAUUGUUCUUUGCGCAGACUCUGGAGGAGAAGAGGAAGUAUAAAAGAGAUGAGAUAUCUCCAACUGGUUACCAUGAUGCAGAACACACCAAAAACAUUAGGGACUGGAAAGAAGUCUUUGAUUUUCAAGCCCAAGACCCCACUUUCAUUCCUCUCACUUUUGAUGAACACGAUGAUCGACUCACUCAGUGGACUAAUCUAUCCCCUCCACACUUCAGGGAUAUGGUUCAAGAGUAUAUCCAAGAGAUGGAAAAGCUGUCCUUUAAGUUGAUGGAGCUUAUAGCUCUGAGCUUAGGCCUUGAGCCAAAGAGGUUUGAAGAGUUUUUCAUCAAAGAACAAACUAGCUAUCUUCGAUUCAACUACUACCCUCCAUGUCCUUACCCUCACCUUGCUCUUGGUCUUGGUCGACACAAGGACGCCGGUGCCUUAACUGUUCUUGCCAAAGAUGACGUUGUUGAAGGGCUUGAAGUUAGACGCAGAGCAGAUCAAGAGUGGGUUCGAGUGAAACCUACACCAAAUGCUUACAUAAUCAAUGUUGGGGAUAUCAUUCAGGUUUGGAGCAAUGACGCGUAUGAGAGCGUGGAACACAGAGUGAUAGCUAACACUGAGAAAGAAAGGUUUUCCGUUCCAUUCUUCUUCCACCCAGCGCACUACACCAUAGUCGAGCCUUUGGAGGAGUUGACAAAUGAGAAAAACCCUCCAAAAUAUAGGCCAUACAACUGGGGCAAGUUUCUUGUCCGCAGAAAAGGCAGCAAUUUCCAGAAACUGAAUGUGGAGGUCAUUCAAAUUCACCACUUUAAGAUAGCUUAAAUGAUAUUUCAGAUUCUGAUAAUUUAUUGCCUUAUGCAUGUAAAAGCAGACUGAUCUAAUUAAGAAUGUUUAUGAUCUGAGUCUGUUAUCUAGUUUGCUGAUAAACCUUAAUUGUCUGAAUUAUGUAUGCCAGUGGCAUAGAAUAAAAUAAAAAAAGAGACAUCGUUAUCGU